ACUCAUUUUUUCUUAAUUUUGCCUUUUAAUUUUCCCCCCAAUACUUAAACAAAAUUCACUUCUUUCUUUGAGUUUCAGUUUAAUUCUUCAUGUGGGUUUUACUCGCACAAUAUAUUAGUACAGUUAAUUAGCAAGCUAAGAUCAAUUUCAGAAGAUAGUAAUAUUAUUAUAGUACUGAUCAUCAAAUUAAAUGGCAUCGUCGGAGAUGAUGAUGAGUGGGAGCUGCAAAAAGGGGAAUGGUGCAGCCGCGCCGUGCGCUGCCUGCAAGCUUUUGCGGCGGCGGUGUGCUCACGACUGUGUGUUUGCUCCUUAUUUUCCGGCGGAUCAUCCCCACAAAUUCUCCAGUGUUCACAAAGUCUUUGGUGCUAGUAAUGUCAGCAAAUUGUUGCAGGAGUUGCCAGAGCAGCAACGGAGCGAUGCAGUAAGUUCGAUGGUAUAUGAGGCAAAUGCAAGGAUUCGAGAUCCGGUGUACGGAUGCGUGGGAACAAUAUCAUGUCUACAACAGCAAGUGGAUGCAUUGCAGCAACAACUAGCAAUAACACAGGCCCAACUGGUUCAAUUGAAAAUGGGGCAAUUUACAACAACAUCACAAUCAUCAUCUAGUACAGAUGACUUCCUUUCUCCUCCGCCCAAUAUCAAUGUGGCCGCAUCCUCAUCAUUAUGGUCCUGCUAGUAAUUUCGUUCGUUUUGGCCCAUUUUAAUUAUGACUAUACUUUUACUUAUUUAUUGAAAAAACAUAUCUUGUUUUUUUUUCUAAAUUUUACUAAUAGCUUUUAUUUGGCUA